UCGUCUGCCCUCCUCCGCAGCCUUGCUCCGUGGACCAGCCCCGUCCUCCCCUCGUAGGUGUUGGGGCUUGGCCCCAGCCCUCCAUCUUCGUUUCUCAGCCAUGGCGAGCAGCAGCGGCUCCAAGGCCGAAUUCAUUGUCGGAGGGAAAUACAAACUGGUCCGCAAGAUCGGGUCCGGAUCCUUCGGGGACAUCUACCUGGCCAUCAACAUCACCAACGGCGAGGAAGUGGCCGUGAAGGUGGAGUCGCAGAAGGCGCGGCAUCCGCAGCUGCGGAACGAGAGCAAGCUCUAUAAGAUCCUCCAAGGCGGGGUCGGCAUCCCGCACAUAAGAUGGUAUGGUCAAGAAAAAAAUUACAAUGUGCUAGUCAUGGAUCUUCUUGGACCCAGUCUUGAAGACCUCUUCAAUUUUUGUUCAAGAAGGUUCACAAUGAAAACUGUACUUAUGUUAGCCGACCAGAUGAUCAGUAGAAUUGAAUAUGUGCAUACAAAGAACUUUAUACACAGAGACAUUAAACCAGAUAACUUCCUAAUGGGUAUUGGGCGUCCCUGUAAUAAGUGUUCAGAAUCUCCAGAGAGGAAGAGGAAAAGAAGCAUGACUGUUAAUACUUAUCAGGACCCAUCUUUCUCAGGAUUAAACCAGUUAUUCCUUAUUGAUUUUGGUUUGGCCAAAAAGUACAGAGACAACAGGACAGGACAACACAUACCAUACAGAGAAGAUCAAAAUCUUACUGGCACUGCCCGAUAUGCUAGCAUCAAUGCACAUCUUGGUAUUGAACAGAGUCGCCGAGAUGACAUGGAAUCAUUAGGAUAUGUUUUGAUGUAUUUUAAUAGAACUAGCCUGCCAUGGCAAGGACUAAAGGCUGCAACAAAGAAACAAAAAUAUGAAAAGAUUAGUGAAAAAAAGAUGACCACUCCUGUUGAAGUUUUAUGUAAAGGCUUUCCUGCCGAAUUUGCCAUGUACUUAAAUUAUUGUCGUGGUUUGCACUUUGAGGAAGCUCCAGAUUACAUGUACCUGAGGCAGCUAUUCCGCAUUCUUUUCAGGACCCUGAACCAUCAGUAUGACUACACAUUUGAUUGGACAAUGUUAAAGCAGAAAGCAGCACAGCAGGCGGCCUCUUCCAGUGGGCAGGGUCAGCAGGCCCAAACCCCCACAGGCAAGCAAACUGACAAAACCAAGAGUAACAUGAAAGAUUUCUAA